CACGCUUUUGAAUUCAUCAAAAUGCCACUCACAUGUUAGAACUUAUUUUGCACAUUUGGUUUUAUGUGAAUGUGACAGCACUUUCGUUGGAUUUAUAUAUAUAUAUAUAUACAAAUAAUUUUAGGAACUUGGGUAUUUGAUAUGUAGAUGGAGACUGUAAAAAUUUGAUAGAGAUACCUGCUUGUUUUUUUACACAAAUACACAAAAUAUUAAAGCACACACACACACACACACACACACACACACACACACACAUACACACACACAUACAGAGAGUGAUGCUACUUUUGCAUAUAACUUGAAACCUAUAAAGGGGAUGACCCGACCAUUCGACCAGUACAUGUUCAUCAGCAGACAACGGAACUGGAUCUGUCUGGAUCUGAUUGAUUGAACCUGUACUAAGUUACGAAGAUCUGCACUUGCAGAAACCAUAUUGAGACAUACAGUAGUGAGUGGGAAAGACAGACAGACAAAGGCAGCAAGAGGUAACGGUGACACACUCCUUGCCUCUUGAACAGAGUAAAAGUAGUGAAAAGUAUAACUUCAUUCAACAUGAAUACAAGUAUUCUUUAGUGCUGAAAGAUCACAAGCUAUGCUUCAUAACGGUGCUGGGACAAGUGGAGGACAAGACAGCAGCAAUAGUGCAAAGGAUCAGAAGCAGCUGUUAGAGGAGCCUCCUGAGUCCAGAUCACAGAUAACGUCUGCAGCAGACAAUUCAUCUUCAAAAGCCACUCAGUGUAUCAUCACAAAGGGCACAAGUGAAAAAAACAGCAAGCAACAUCUGCAGUCCAUCCUGCAGAGACCAUCAGUUCUCCGCAAGGGCAACCAAAUUCUGCCACAUGUCUUGUCCAGCCAGUCUAGAGUGAGUGAAUGUUCAACUGAACUUGUAUUUAAGAAAGAAAUGGAUAGUAAAUUGCCAGUCAGAUUGGCAUAUUAUGACACAAACUAUCCCACCAGAGUCAAUGCUUCCGGACCAAGUCCUGCUCAGAGCAGAACUGAGCCCCGUACAGAUCCUCCACACGUCUCAGAAAACCUUUUAUUUAACAAAGGUGUGUGCACCUGGCCAGGCUGCAAGAAAGUGUUCAAGGAAUAUAAUCACUUCCUGGAACAUCUUUAUUCGGAGCACAGCCCUGGGGACAAAACCAUUGAACAAUGGAAAAUGCAGAAAAAGAUGGUUGAACACAUGGAGAGUCAGUUGAUUGUGGAGAGGCAGAGGCUACACUCCAUGUACCUGCAUUUGUCUGAUGCUAACCCAAGAGUUAAGCAGUCCAGUGCACCUACAGGAAGUCUGCAGUCCUUACCACCAGAAUACUGGCAGAUCCCAACACCAUUUAUACCAGGACUCGUCCCCAGUAUUGAGUGCUACAAAUACACAAACAUAAGGCCACCAUUUACUUAUGCCUCCAUGAUAAGAUGGGCGAUUCUUGAAUCUCCUGAAAAACAUCUAACACUGAAUGAAAUCUAUCACUGGUUCACACGCAAGUUCUUCUAUUUCCGUCAUAACACAGCCACAUGGAAGAAUGCAGUCCGGCACAACCUAAGCCUCCAUAAGUGCUUUGUACGUGUUGAUGGAGGGAAAGGCUCUGUUUGGACAGUGGAUGAGGCAGAAUUUCUGAGAAGGAGAGGGCAGAAAUUGCACAGGGACCAGGACAUGAGCUGGGUGGCACACUAUUCCAUGCUGUAUUCGUGAAUGAACAUUCUUCAGUGUUAAGUCACACCAAUACCUCAAAUUUGAUCUAUGAGUAAUUUUUCAUUUUCAUUUGACCUUAUACUAUUUGACGUGCCAAAUAACUAAACUAUUUGUCAGCUAUGACAGAUUUAAAUACAUUUUAUUGUAAUUGUCAAUUUAAAAAAAUGUAAAAAAAUCGGAAUUUCAGGGUUUCGGUAUUUACAUGUAUUUUUUAUAUCUAUGUGCAAGUUGUUUUUUUGUUGUUGUUUUUUUAAGCGAUUAAAAAUUCACAUUUUGGAAAGCCGAAAUUUAGUUUCGGAUUUUGCAAACCGUGAAAAUUGAAUUGCAGUUUGAAAUCCAGUGGGACUUUUUUGUAUUUCUCAUCAGAUGCGUUUGAACUUUUUAGCUGCAGAAAGACAAAUGCCCUCUAUACGUAAAACGCCUAAAAAUCAUAUAUAACACAAAUCGUGUGAUAUUUUAUUGUAUUUAAAUAUGUCCUAUGUUACCAAAUAAAAGCAAUAUAUUA